GGGGCGGAGCGCGCCGCGCGUGGGACUAUCGUAAAAGGGGCGGGACGCGCCGCGCUCGGGAUGUCGUGAAGCUGGGGGAGCUCGUCGCCGCCGCCGGCGGCUAGCGGGUGUCCGCGCCAUGGAGCGCUACGCGGGCGCCUUGGAGGAGGUGGCGGACGGUGCCCGGCAGCAGGAGCGACACUACCAGUUGCUGUCGGCGCUACAGAGCCUGGUGAAGGAGUUGCCCAGCUCUUUCCAGCAGCGCCUGUCCUACACCACGCUCAGCGACCUGGCCCUGGCGCUUCUCGACGGCACCGUGUUCGAAAUCGUGCAGGGGCUACUGGAGAUCCAGCACCUCACCGAAAAGAGCCUGUACAACCAGCGCCUGCGCCUACAGAACGAGCACCGAGUGCUCAGGCAGGCGCUGCGGCAGAAGCACCAGGAAGCCCAGCAGGCCUGCCGGCCCCACAACCUGCCUGUGCUUCAGGCGGCUCAGCAGCGAGAACUAGAGGCGGUGGAGCACCGGAUCCGUGAGGAGCAGCGGGCGAUGGACCGGAAGAUCGUCCUGGAGCUGGACCGGAAGGUGGCUGACCAGCAGAGCACACUGGAGAAGGCGGGGGUGGCUGGCUUCUACGUGACCACCAACCCACAGGAGCUGAUGCUGCAGAUGAACCUGCUGGAACUCAUCCGAAAGCUGCAGCAGAGGGGCUGCCGGGCAGGGAAUGCAGCCCUGGGACUGGGAGGUCCCUGGCAGUCGCCUGCUGCCCAGUGUGACCAGAAAGGCAGCCCUGUCACACCAUAGCCACAGGCAGCAGAAGUCUGGGCAGAGUUCAUCUUCUUGACCUUUGGCCACUGCCUUCCCAGCUGCCUGUCACCCUUCAUCUGGGACUUGCUGUCAAACCCUAGGAUAGUCUCAUAAACGGGAGGCUGGGCCAGCCUGCUGCUGUCUGCUUCAGGGCCAGGCAGAGAGUGAGGCUGGGGGUUCUCACACCUUACUCCACCGGGCACAUCCCAACCUGCACUGGGGCCCACCUGAGUGCUUGGUCUGGUCUCAGCCGCUCCCUUGGCAGCUGCAGCCCCCAUGCAGAAGAGGCUCCAAGGCCCAACUUCUGUGUGACCCAGAGAAAUAAAGAUGCCUCAGUGUGGCCCGCA